GCGUAAACGGUUUUCGCCAAUCCGACAGCUCGCCGCGCUGAACUCAAAUUUGUCUGAAAGAGCGUGCUGUGUGUUUGAAUGUGAGAGUAAUAGCUCUUCAAAUUCAGUUAUUAAAUUGAGAUAUUUAAGCUUGUUUUACCUGACUGGUUGAAGAAGCUGUAGAUAACAAGAAAAUCAUCUUUGAAGAGCUGACCUUUAUAAAUGCACAGAAUGGAGUCAGUUGUGAGAAAGAGUAACAAGGAAAACACUAAACCAGUAUGUGGCCCGAAAAUACAAGUCACCAGCAGUAUUUUAUCAAAACAAAAAGUGAUCUGUAGAUCUGCGCCCCUUCAGAAGGUAGAUAACUCUGAACCAAUAGAGAAGGAGAAGGAUGUUAGGCCGAAGACCAAAACUAAUGCUGAUCCUACUAAGCGUAAUACGCUAAGCCAGGCCUUCCGUACACAGCAGACUGUAAGACACAGGAAGCUUGUGGAAGAAGUUCAAAAACCACCCUCUACUGUCUCUGCCAUCCAGAAGUCCAAACCUGGUACAUAUAAGGGUCGUGUAGUACAGUCUAAAAUCGACUGCUUCAGAAAACCCAGUGCUGAAGUGAAGACCACAGAAAAGGUGAUUUCAAAACCGGAUGUGACCAGACCAAAACCUGAAUUGCUAAAAGUUCGGUCCAAGUCUGUUACUUCCCUAGCAGUUUCCACUAAACCCAGAGUAAACUCUGCUUUAUCAUCUAGAACAAAAUCUGUCUCUGAUAUCCAGCUGAAUAGGACUGAAAAAUCAGUCCAGAAGUCUGUUUCCCAUAAACAGAUACCUAAAAAGGUUCAAGACACGGUCUACCAGAAAAGCACUUGUGCUUUUCCCAAGUCAGCCCCUAUAGCCACAGGGCGAUUGGCCAUUAGCAAACCCAUCACUUCCAAGAAGAAAGAAAUGACGGUGCAGAUGGAGAAACCCAAAACAGCCACCACUGAACAGAAAGUCUACAGGCCUGUUACAAGUACAGUCAGCCAGUACAAAGUACAAAUAGAGACGGCUGAAGAGAAGAGAGCAAAGCUUGCAGAGUGGCUGGCAUCUAAGGGAAAGGCUCUCAAAAGGCCUCCAAUCUCAGAAAAGGCAACCAAACCAGUACUAGCUCCGAAAUCUAAAACUGGACCCAAAGUCACAACUGCUGCCCAGACUGAGGCUGUUGUCCAGACUGAGGCUGUACAACCAACCACUGCAUUGAAGACUGACAACCAAACAAAUGAUAUCAAAGUCCCUGACAAUAAAACAGUGUGUUCUAGAAGAUCAAGUAAUAUUAUGAACACCACACUAGACUUGUUGGACAACAGUGAUCUGGAUUUGCCAGUUGACCCAGAGAUAAGGAUGGAGUCGUUGGUGUUGAACUUGUGUGAUAAAUUGGAGGCAAUGGAGACGCCCUCAUCAUGUGAAGGUGGUGUAAAUGUUGAAGAAUCUGGUGUGGUGGGAGAGAAAAGAAUGGAAGUGCAAGUGGAGGAGCAGGAAAUGGAUAAAGUGUUUGAAAUUCUGAAAGAGGAGGAACUGGAAGACGAAGAAAGUGACCUUACGGAAGACACUAAGAAUCCUCUUCUAAAGAAUGAGGAUAAUGAUGAUCAGGAUUCCAAGGAGAAGCUGUUCACGAGUGAUGAUGAUGAUAGUGAUGAGGAGAUCAAGAGCACCACUCCAGAGAUGGCAGGGGCAUCCGUUGUGAAAUACAAUGUGAAAACGACUCCAUAUCUUCAAAGUGUAAAAAAGAUAAUCGAUUGUGAAACGGCACCAGGCAGUGGGUCUCGGCGUAAAAGCACCAUCAAAGACCUCAAGUUUCUGACACCUGUUCGACGUUCAACACGAAUCCAGCGCAAGUCCUCACGUCUGCCGGGUAUGCUGAAUGACCACGAUACUUGCGUCUCCUCAUUGGCUGAGCUGGUGCAGAUGGAAGAUGCAGAUGCAAACGCUUACAUCUACAGAAAAAACCCAGCACUGUUGGAAGACCUACCUGAUCAGCCUGAGGACUUUGCAAAAGUAUGCAGUUAAGCGGUAUAAGCUGAGGUUGAUGUCACUUUCAUUGGACAUUUAUAAGCAUAUGUAACGCCUACAUUAAGUAUUCUCUGUGACACUAUUAAUAAUUGUUUAUUUUAAUAUUUAAGUAUUGUUUGCGUUAAGCUGCUAAAUGAUCUCUUAACCGCAAUGGCUUUUAACAGCUUGGGGACAAUAAUUUGAUUUAUAGGCACUGUUAUAAAAAGUUAUCUAUAUGCUAACAAAGCUAAUGCAAUGGGUGUGUAUAAAAAGCUUUUUUCUGUUAUGUAAUAUUUUAACACUUCUUUGUUCAUUUUGUAAAAAAAGUAUAUGGAUGUAAAAAUGUUUUGUUUUGAAAAAAAUUAGCAAACCAAAGGAUGCGUUUCUUUUCUCUCACUGUAAUUUCUCUUGAACAUUUUUAGGAUGUCAUUAAUUCUCCUGUUGCUACUGUUUAAUUGUUCUUUUAAAUGUGUCAAUCUUUUUUUGAACAUGCGGUAAAACCUUUUAAUUAGCUAGACUUUUUUUUCUACAGAGGAUUGCAUUAAUCCUUUGCUAGUGACCAUGUCUUUUUAAAGGCAAGAUGAGCAUUCACUGUAUUUUAACCAUAACUGUGAUCACUGAGCUAGUGACUGCAUGACACCUUUAAUAAAGAAUAUAUCAGUGCAAUAUAA